GAAAUGUAUAUAACAAUUUGUACAGAAUAAUGUAUUUUUCAAAAUACAUUGCAUAUAUGGAGAUGUUAUUUGACUACUUCUUUAAAAUAUUGUUUGAGGUUAUGUAUCCCUUCUAGAUGCGUAUUCUUUGUUCGACAAGAAAGUAUGAGCCUCGAAAUAUAAGUUUUCGAUUGUGUCGAAUGAUUGUGAUUGGUUUGCAAACAAGAGUAACUCGCAUGCAUUAUAGUGGUGUAAAAUACGCUAAACUCAAUAUACUCUCUCGUUGAACGGAAAAUAUUUGAAUUCAUGUAAGAAUUUCAGUCACUAAACAAAUGUGUCAAUGACAAAUUUUUUAUCACAUUUUCAGCUGCGCGAAAAAGGUAAUGGAAGUGAGGUGUAAGUAUUGUAGAAAGAAUCUUUUUAAUGGCUCAGUAAAAUUAUUAACUUCACAUGGCGAAAUAAAAAAGGAUCUUAUGCAUGGAGGGUGUGGAAUAAAUAAUCCAGAACCAUGUUCAUUUAUAUCAGAGGACAAUAUGCCAGAAUGGAUUGCAGAUGCUGUAAAUAAAGAAUCUUGGACAAAAGGUAGACUCCAUUGUUUACAGUGUAAUAAUCGUAUAGGUUCAUUCAAUUUUAUAAAUGUAUUAAAAUGUGAUUGCAAUGAGUUUGUAACACAUCCUAUUAGGAUAAUUAAUAACAAAGUUGAUAUUUUAUAUAAUAUUAAAUAAAACAGGUUUAUUAUUUAAACCUAAA